GCUCUGUGCGUGAUCUUGCCGCUCCGCUGUUGUGUUGUCGUUGUAGAGCCGUAAUUUUCUACAAAAAUAUAGUUUUCUAGGCGUAUUUUCAUAGUUAUGAAUUAAUUAAUCAGUGCUUCAAAUAUUAUUUUAUCCAUUAUGUCGAAAGAAGGCGAUAUGUCGCUGUUCAACGACGUAUUGGAGCCUUUCCGAAGGGUUAUCAAUACGGACCCGCCGAAAGACAAACUAUCAACUUCUUCUAAGCUCAACUUCACCGAUAGUAACCAGUCUUUCAAAGAAAGUAUUUCUAACCUAUCGGCUCUUGGGAAGAGAAAGUUCAGUUUGGGUACCAGUUCGCCGAGCCCAGACAAGCGGGCUCGGCUGGACUCCCAAACUACUGCAGCACCGCCGUCGCCGUGGGAGUCUAGGAAAAUGAAGAUUGAUCUAAUAGCUGCGAAGGCUCAAAUAACUAAACUGGAGGCACGAGUGAACCACCAGCACACCAUCCGCAAAGAGAUGCAGAUUCUGUUUGAAGAGGAGAAGGCUUCCCUCAUGGAGCAACACAAGGCGGAUCAGAAAGCACUGUCGGAUAUGGAAGACCGGCUUCAGAUCAUCAGACGGAGAGAACAAGACCUAAAGGAUGAAUUCCAAGAUGCAUUGAAAGAACACAAGGACAGUAAAACCAAAUGGGAGAAAGAGAAGGCAGAUCUACAGAAGCAGAUAGCAGACUUGAAAGACAAGCUGCUAGAGAACAAUGUCAGCUACAAAGACCAGCUUUCCGAGAUGAAGAAAGACAUGGAUGAGUUACUGCAGGCAUUAGAAGGUGCCCAGUCAGAGGUGGAAAUGCUGAAGACUGAAGUGACAAAGCAGACAUCUCGGGCAGAACAAUGCACCUCACUGAGGACACAGCUGGAGAAGCAAACCUUUGAAAUGCAACAGCUCACCAGCAAACUGAAGGAAUUGGAGUAUGAGAAGGACUCUUACAAGGAUUGGCAGCAGCAAGUUAAGACGGCACAGAAGCGCCUACAGAAUAUGGCGGAACUAGAGAAAGAGGUGGCCCGGCUGCGAGCCACCGAGCGCUCCCUGCGCGACGCUGUCUGUAAUAAGCUGCUAUUGGAGGAACAGGUGCACUCGCUAACGACGCGGCUCGAGACGAUGCAGCCGCACCAGCAACAAUUGCAUGAUGCUAAGGUGAAGAUAGCGCAUCUAGAAGCGUCCCUGCAAGAGUGGCGCGCGGUGGCCGCGGCGCGCGGCGCGGCGGACGCGCGCUCGCUCGCCUCGGCUCUGGACGCCGCCAUGGAGAAGGAGCUGGCCGCCGUCAGCGAGGCCGCUAGUGUGCAGUCGCAGCUGGCGCAGCUCACUGAGGAAAUGUCAACAAUGAAGUACGACCGCGACAAGGCGACCAUCAAGCUUAACGACUGGACCUCCGUGCGCAAGAACCAGGAGAGCCUCAUACACCGCCUGCAGAAGCGCCUGCUGCUCGUCACGAGGGAGCGAGACAGCUAUAGACAGCAACUAGACAGCUUCGAGAAAGAGCUCACCAUCACGAUGAGCGGCGAGAGCGGCGCGGGCGGCGCGGCGCUGCUGCAGGCGCGCGUGCAGCACCUGGAGAAGGCGCUGCAGGGCUACCGCGACCUGCUCACCGCCACCGACCUGGACGCGCACGCUAAAGUGGUGGACGCCCUCCGUGCCGAGAUAGCUAAGUGGCGCGACGAGGCGGAGGUGGCCAAACGUGACGCCGUCAAGUACAAGACGCAGCGAGACAACAUGCACGCUCGCCUGGAGAAGCUCAACUUUGCACCGCCCACCUCUAAGGUUUUACAUUUGGUGGACAACCCGGCGGCCAUCGCCCAGAAGCAGUUCCAGGCUGACUUGGAUGCGGCGCAAGAAGAGAUCGUAAAGCUGAAAGCGGCACUACGCGAGGGCGGGUCGGCCGCGUGUUCUGAAGAAGUGGCCACCUUGAAGCAGAAGGUGGACAGCAGCCGAAUUAAACUGCAGAGGAUGAAAGAGGAGUUCACAUCGUCGGCGCAGGAGUACCGCGACGUGUGCUACAUGCUGCUCGGCUACAAGAUAGAUAGAACCGGACAUAAGAACUAUAGAUUAUCGAGCAUGUACGCCGAGUCCGCAGAAGAAUACCUCACGUUCACACUCUGCGACGACGGCAUCGAGAUGGUGCACACAGACUACUCAGCCACUCUGAGCGAGCUAGUAGAGCUACACUUACACCACCACAGAUCCAUACCCCUGUUCCUGAGUUCGCUCACUAUGGAGUUAUUCACUAGAACUACUAUGCAGCAAGAAGAAGAGGACAGCGAUGAGUGAGUGAGUAUGAUGUUGGUUGGACUUUAGUGCGCGCGGUUAGUGAGUGUUUGGUGCAGUGUAGAUGUAAGAUUGAAGGUGCGACAGUGUUGUUUGCACAUAAGAUAAGGCUGUACUGGCUUAAUCGGAAAAGAAUUACAGAAUGUAAUUCUAAAAAAGUCCUGCAAGAAUAUAAAAACUAGAUGCAUUGUGAAGUUUUCAAAAAUAAAAUCCCUUUGUGGCAUGAAUUUUUAAGGACUGAUACGGUUUUGUGAAUUUAUACGAUUGGAGCUGAGCUAGUUUGAAUUAAUGAAGUGAUUUAAUGUAAGGAAUGAAGAAUGUAUACCGUUUGUGAUCUUAUUGCGAUGAUAAUGGUAAAUUUGAUUGUAUUUAGAUACUAAACCUACAUCUAUUAGUAUUAGUAAGUGACACUUUGUGAGGUUAUCAAUAGAGGUAAUGGAUUCAAAUAUCAACCCAAGCAACUAAAUUAAGGUUACCUAUUUUUUUUUCUGUUCAUAAUGUAAAAAAUGCAGUGAAUGUAAAAUGUGAAAUUUAGAUUUUGUUAAAUUUAUUCGGUAGAGGAAUGUACAGUUUAAUUUAUGUUAUUAUUUUAAAUACCGAUGACAUUCCGACUGUGCUAUUCUAAAUCCCUACUUCCAUUAUUUCUGAAAAAGGAAAAUAUACAAAUAAAUAGAAAA